AUGAGGGCUGUUGGUUUGCUGCUGCUGCUGCUGGCUCUGUGUGGGUCAGGAGCUCAGGGGGAGCUUCAGGAAAAGGCUUCGACAGAUGCAGCUGAGGAACCGACCCAGCAGACCACAAAGCAAACCACACCUGACAUCUGGGCGGAGGUGAGGGCUCUGAGAGACAUGGUGGUGGAGCUGAACCUGCACAUGGAGCUGCUGCAGAGAGAGAACUCAGACAUGCAGACCAGACUGAGCAGCAGUGAGUCCAGGAUCAAGCAGCUGGAGAGAGAAAAUGCAGACCUGAUGUCUUUGGAAACUCGACUGACUGCCACCGAGAACAGAACAAGUGGCCUAGAAACAGAGAAUGCAGUGGAUGAAAUUGUCGAGGAGGCUCCUUCUGUCAAUACAACCAGACUGAGCAGCAAUGAGAGUGAACUUCUCAUUAGCAAGUCUAGGAUUGAGACGCUGGAGAGAGAAAAUGCAGAGAGAAAGGUGGCCUUUUACACAGGUCUGACUGAUGCAGGACAUGUUGGACCAUUCAACACAGCCACUACACUUAAAUAUAGCAAAGUUUUCACCAACAUCGGCAAUGCUUACAAUCCAUCUACAGGUUUCUUCACAGCACCAGUCAGAGGGGUCUACUACUUCCAGUUCACUCAGUGUGGUUACCAAAAAGGUUACAUGGGUGUACAGGUGUACAAGAACAACCAGAGGAUCAUGUGGAAUGUGGAGUAUAAGGAAGAGGGAAGGUGGGAAUAUUUCACUAACUCUGUUGUCUUGGAGCUGAUGGCAGGAGAUGAAAUCCACCUUGUUCUCCCACCAAGCUAUUCUCUCUAUGACGAUAGCAAUGACCACAACACCUUCAGUGGCUCCCUCCUCUUCACACUGUGA